UCUGUGAUUGGGGCGGUGCGCGUGCGCUUGAUCUGCUGAGACUCUGAAAGUUUGUAUUUAUUUUGAUCCGCUGCUGCAGGUAUAGAUUAUAGAUUAUAGAUUAUAGGUUAUAGCCUCUGUGAAGGGGAGUUAUAAUGUCCUCCUGGCAGAUUUAUGUGGAUCAUCUGAUGUCCGACGGCGCGUGCCAGGACUCCGCCAUUGUGGGCUAUAACUCGGACUCUAAGUACGUCUGGGCGGCGCACGAGGGGGGCGCGUUCAACAACAUCACGCCCACAGAGAUCGACUUGCUGGUCGGGAAGGACAGAGAGAGUUUUUUCACUAACGGUUUGACUCUCGGCUCCAAGAAGUGUUCGGUGAUCCGCGACAGUCUGCUGGUGGACAACGACUGGACGAUGGACAUCAGAACGAAGAGCCAAUCAGGAGAGCCGACGUUCAACGUGUCUGUAGGCAAAGCGGGAAAAGUCUUGGUUCUUGUAAUGGGGAAGGAGGGGGUCCAUGGAGGCGGACUGAAUAAGAAGGCGUACUCGAUGGCCAAAUACUUGCGGGAUUCAGGAUUCUAGUUUAGUUUUCACAUUUUGAGAGAAAACGAAAAACUUUCAGACGCAGAAUCAGUUUUGGACACGUUUCUGGCAGCAGCGGACGAUUAGUUUAUUAACGGCCGUUUAUUUUAUUAACGUGUCGCUGUAGGAAGGUUUUCUUGUUUUUGUUGAUAUUUGUUCUGUUUUUUACUCCAGCAUUGGUUCUAGUGAUGGGUAAAGAGGGAAUUCACGGCGGAACGCUGAACAAGAAGGCUUUCCACAUGGCCGAGUACCUGCGCAAGGCCGGAUACUGACCGCAAUGCCGUCCACCCAGAAAACACUACAUUCACAGUUCACACACACACACCCCUUCACUUUCCCUUUUGGUCCUUAUUUACCCCCCGCUGGUCUGAACGCCAACGAAGAAAUGGAGGAAAAUUACAAACUAAAGAAGGAACACGUCAGUAUUUGAUUAUCUGAUCAAUGAUUUCAGUAUUCUGUAAUUUCUCCAGAUUCUGUCUGAAUGAGUUUCUUGUUCCUGUGUUUAAUUUCAUCGUCUUCCUGUUUGUUUAUCUCUGAAUGAUUGUAAACGUGAUUAUACUGAAGCUCCGCCCAUCUGAGUUUUGGGAUAAAUCGUCCAAUGAGGUUUCGUUCCUGUAAAGUUUUCUUUAAACAACCAGCUCCAGUUUUAUUUCUCCUUUUUUAGGUUCUGUAGUUCAGGCCGGCUGGAGAGUCACUUCAUUAUUUUUUUAGGACUAACUUCAGAAUUUCAGUCUGAUUAUUUACACAGAAGCUCUGAAACUCGUUUUAAAGGACAGAUUUUGGCCUU